GUUGAUUAAUCCAUCAGUCAUCCAAUACGGCCGGAGUGCUAUUUAAAUCAAUUUCAACGAAAUGAUCUUGUAGAACUCAGACAUGGAAGUUAAUGUAGCUCCUCUAUUUCUAACCUUGUUCUUCUUCAUCAUCUUUUUCCUUCUGAAACUGAUCAGAACUAGAUUCACCACCAAAAACUCAACUGUUGCUCGUCUUCCACCAGGACCAUGGAAGCUACCGUUCAUCGGAAACCUGCAUCAGCUUAUUGGCUCACUACCACACCGUGUUUUAGGCGAUUUAGCCAAGAAAUAUGGUCCAAUUAUGCAUAUUCAGAUGGGCGAAAUUUCAUCCAUUGUUUUUUCCUCCCCUGAAGCUGUAAAAGAAGUCAUGAAAACCCAUGAUCUCAAUUUCGCUUCCAGGCCUCGAUUCGAAGCCUUAGCUGCUGUAACUUAUGAUUGUUCCAACAUGGGUUUUGCUCCGUAUGGAGAAUACUGGAAACAACUGCGAAAAGUUUGCACGACGGAGCUUUUCAGCGCUCGCCGUGUUCAAUCUUUUCGAGAUUUGAGGGAAGAAGAAAGUACGAAUUCGGUUAAAUGGAUUGCUGGUAAUGAAGGGUCGCCGGUAAAUUUUACAGAGAAGAUUCAUUCGUUUACUUAUGGUACAAUUUCCAGGGCAGCUUUUGGUAAGAAAAGGGCAGAGCAAGAAACUGUCAUUUCUCUUGUUAAGGAAAUUAUCAGACUGGCUGAAGCUUUCAACGUCGCUGAUUUAUACCCUUCCCUGAAAUUUCUUCAUUCCGUUACCGGCAUAAAAGCAAAAAUGGAGAGCGCACAUAAGGAGUUGGACAGAAUGUUUGAUAACAUGAUCAAUGAGCGCAGAACAGAACGCCGGACUAAAGAUGGAGAAAACAAGCUCGAAGAUCAGAAAGAUCUUUUAGAUGUUCUAUUGAUGUAUCACGAACAGGAAAACCUCGGAUUUUCGCCAACUAUCGCAAACAUCAAAGGCAUGAUUGUGGAUGUUUUUACAGCUGGAACAGAGACAACAUCUGGGACAGUAGAUUGGGCAAUGGCAGAGAUGAUGAAGAAUCCAGAAAUCAUGAAAAAGGCUCAAGAAGAAGUAAGACAGGUUUUCGGCCCUAAAGGAUAUGUCGAUGAAGGCGAUUUCGAUAAACUCAGGUACAUGAAAUCCGUCAUAAAAGAAACUCUGAGGGUACAUCCACCUCUACCUCUGCUUCUCCCGCGCUUGAACCAGGAAAGAUGCGUGAUCAACGGAUACGAAAUCCCGGCGAAUACGCACAUCACGGUGAAUGCUUGGGCUGUAAACAGAGACCCUUCUUAUUGGAAAGAUGCAGAGUCAUUUCAACCUGAAAGAUUCCUGGAAGAGAAUUCAUCAAUUGAUUACAAGAGUUCUUUAAAUUUUGAUUUUAUCCCAUUUGGUGGAGGAAGAAGAGUCUGUGCUGGGAUGCAUCUUGGUGUUGCAAAUAUGGAACUGCCACUUGCUAAGUUCUUGUACCAUUUUGAUUGGGUUUUGCCUAAUGGGAUGAAAUCAGAAGAGCUUGACAUGACUGAAGGCCCUGGAUUUACAUUAAGAAGGCAACAGGAUCUCUACUUGGUUCCUAGCUUAAAAUAUCCUCUGAUUCAUUAAGUGAUCCUUUUUAGAACUUUGGAUUCAAGUUUGUCUAGUUUGUGCGUAUAGGAGCAUAAAAGCAGGUUAUUAAAAUGGGACGGAAAGAGUACUUUUGUACUAUCUCCGUUCCACAACAAUUGUCUACAUUGAGUUUUCAAAUUUGUACUAAAAACAGUACAAAAUUCAAAACUUAAUAUGGACUAGGAGGGAGUAUAAUUUUAUUGAGUGUAUUAUGUCACGUUUUCGAGGAUUUAAUAGACAUGUUAUUUCAUCAAACCUCAUUCUCCAAGUGAAAUAAUGGUAACCAUCCGUGGAUUAGAUGGAUGGUUGGAAAGUCCAAAUUGGUGGAGAAAGUAAUGGGAUAGUUCGUUGUUUUUCUUUGGUUAAUGCUUGCGACGUGACCCUGAAC